AUUCAGUCAGAGCAGGUUUCAGGCAGGCUUUCUGCAUGGGAUUUCUGGCCUGUUUAUUCCAGAAGCUAGCAUGAUGAUCUUGAAAGUUCUUCUAUAUUUAAGCUUUCCCUAGGAGUGGUGUCCAAAUCAUCAAUGGUCAGUUGAGCAAGAUCCAGCAGGAAAUCCAGUUUGUAAGUAGCCAGGAGAGCAUUGAGGAGCCACAAUGAGUCUGGCUCUAGAUCAGCUCCAUGCCACACCUGGCCUGAACACCUGCCUGUGAAUAAACAGCACCAAACACAUGAGAGGAGGUAAGUUUGCUGAACAAACAUACCCUGCAUUAGUCAAGCUGCUCCCAAGUGUUAAGCAGGCCCUGCAGGAAAAACUGGGUAAGUUUGUUAGCCUAAGAUCUCUUUCCCACUCUGCCUGUCCACCACAGUGAAACAACUGGAAUUAUCUGCUCCAAUUUUGUAGAAAUUUAAAGUUUAAUUGUUUUCUUUAGAGCAUAAAAUUUUUCCCUUGAUUAGGACCACAUUCUGCCAUUUUUGGCACCCUCAAUUCUCUUAACAUGAGCACAUUCAGGGCAUGCAUCAUUUCUGUUCCUUAGGAUGUCCACAGUACAAUGUAACAGAGCUGAGUUCAAUGGGGCAGCAGUUUCACAAUGUGAAACUAAGGAGUGUGGUGUAUGCCUGGUCAGGCUGAUGGUAGAGAAAUGUCUGUGAAGAUGAGAUGGCCAGGGGAAGAUGUGAUUCUGCCUGAAUGUGGUUUUGACUCUUGGUCUUACCUGUUGAAGUGUUUGUGUAAUGCAGCUUCUGAAUAAAACGUGGUCAGUCUUUCUCAGUAACUGCACUUGUCCAGGGCUGUGGGCUCACCUGGCUGCCUGAAGAGCAGUUCCUCAGAGCACUGUCUUUCCCAGUCUGUUUGCCUUCCUGUGAAUCCAGCUAGUUUUAUUUUGAUGUAGGCAGUGAAAUGCCAAGAAUUGUAUUUUACCCCUAUAAUGAUCAUGAGAAGAUGCAAGCGUCUAAAGAAUCUUCCUUUGGAAAGAUGGAUGGACUGAAAGACCAUGUCUAUGAGCAGAUCUUUCACUAAUAAGUGGUAGAUUUGUGUCACUGCUUCAAGGGAAACCUGAGAGUCAGCACCCAGGAAGUUCUAGGUGUCACCACUCUGCCAAGUUUUCCUGAUGAGAUGGGAAACCAAAGGUCACAGUGCUCAGGGAGUAUGGUACAAACCAGUAACAUCACCUUCCAGUCUGAAGUGCAUUUUGAGUCACUGUGCCAUUGAGAAUUUGUAACAUUUCUGUUGGGCUGAGCCUGUGUGCCCAGAAUCACAGUUACUGGUACUGGCAGCAUCUCUCCCAGUAAAUGUGUUUUUGUGAGCAAUGUCAGCUCCCAUUUCUUGGAAGACUUGCUCAGUGAAGCCUCAGCUUCCGCUGACAUGCAGCAGACUUGCAGGAAGGCCUCAUGUGGGAGUGUCCCUGGGAUGAGCCUGACCCUUAUCUUGGCAGCCAGCUGCAAGGGGAUUAUCCGGGAACACAGCUAUGCACACACUCUUGCACUGGCUGGACUGCCUGGAGACCCUUCUCUUGAGUUGUUAAGCCAGCAAGAAAGUAAGGAUUGACCUACUCUGGUAAGUCAAUAAUGCUACCUUUUACUCUUCUUUUUUUUGGUUUUAAAUUGAUUGACAAUUACAAUUUGUCAAACACAGAAAAAUGCUGCCUUGUUGCAGGUAUGUGUAGUUCUCCUGGAGAAGUUACAGCAGCUCCUGUUCAGCAGUGGCAUGAGACUGUAACAUAAAAAAAGCUCAUUGACCCAUGUCUACCAGCACAGGUGAUUAUUCACCUGCUGGAGCAGUGUUUAGCAUGAAAAACUCCACUGGCUUCCAUCCUCAGUGGUCAGCACCCUCUCUGCAGCCAAAGACUGUUUAUCACUUCUUUUCAAGGAUGGAAAGGCUAUUUUUUACAUGUGGUAACAGUAAAUUUGUUUCUGAAUCUCCUCUUGCUCUUUGCAUGAACGAAGCUUUGCUUACAGAUGUAGUCCAGAGUUAUGAUAAGGCAUGAGAAAUUUCAUAUUCUAGUUUUUGAUUCCUUGACAGAAAUUUUCUUGGCUGCCUGAUAAUGCACCCCCAGUAAUGCUGAAAACACAAGCAGCUCUUGUACACUUCUGAGGAGCAGUGAAAAUGCAUUUGAUGGCUGCAGCUAAGCCUUCCAGUAGCCAUGUAUUUAUAUCCUUCCUAAAAUCCAGGGUUGGAAGACCAUGAAAAUUCCUUCUCCUGUAGUGAGAGACCAAGAAUUUGCCCUCUUUUAACUCUGUUCUUUUCAGAGCUCUUAUGUCUCCGAUGGAGAACACCAAAUUCACCCAACUUUAGAAACUCAUCCUCAGAACAAAACAACAGAAGACCUUGGCUGUGGUGUCAGUCCUGGAGUGCAUGGUGUCUGGUCUCCAUCCAGUCUCAUUAAGGAAGUGUUUGCAGGUGAAAAUGAACAGUGGAAUUCUCUUGUUCCUCCUUGGCUUCCUCCCACUCGUGACACCCACGUGCCCUGUGCCAUGCAAGUGCACCACCAACAUUACUGACUGCUCACUGAAAAACCUGACUGUGGAAAACCUGCCCACUGCUUUCCGUCCUUCGGCUGAGAUCAUCCACCUCGCUUCCAACAGGCUCACCUCUAUUCCCAAUGGGCUCUUUGACAACCUGAGGAGCCUCCAGGUAGUCUACCUGCAGGGCAACCCUUGGGAAUGCACGUGUGACAUCCUCUACUUGCGCUCCUGGCUGCAGUGGCAGCAGAACCGGAGCGUGUACAGGGAUGUGCGAUGCAGCUCCCCCGAGCACCUGCAGGGCCGGAUCAUCGCCUACCUGACAGAAGAUGAGAUUGUCUCCACGUGCCAGCAUGAGUACUGCAGCCUGGCUCUCCUCUCUCAGAUCUUUCUCUUCAUCCUCCUUUUCCUCCAGGGUAUCUUGGUUAUCUUCAUCAUUGUCUACCUGCAGAAAUUUCGGAGAAUGACCGCUGAAGCCCGGAGCACCAUCCGAGAACUAGACCAGCAGGUAGACCCCUGGGCAUCUUCUUCAAUAAACCCCUCCAACAAUGAUUAACAUCACAAGACAGAAGACCCUCCUCCCUCUGUGCUAAAGUCCUGUAAUUUGUGAUACCCAGAGAGAACAAUUCAGUACAGCAUCUAACCCUGACUGCAGUCUGAAGCAGGACUUGAACUGAUCAGACACUUGCUCUGUUCCUAAAUAAUCAAUCUUGUGUGUUUUCAAUGCUUUAAAUUCUUUAUCAUUAUCUUGACUGCUUGUCUGAGCUGGAAGUGGUUUGGUAGACUAAGGAAGUCAUAAACUACAGCGACCAGAACUGACUCAAACAUCUCAUAGGGGCUCCAGUGCUCAAUCCCACCCCCUACAGUAUUCCAUCCCUCCUACAGUAUCCCAGGAUGCUUCUGGUUGUGCUGGGUCAGGUGAGGACAGAGGUGGGCAGCAAACUAUUUGGGUACUGAGCUAGGACAAUGGAGAAAUACAGUUUCCUUCUGCCACCACAGACAGCAUUAAGAGCUUUGGACUAUGGAUUUAGUCUUCUGCCUUGGUUUCCCAUGUAUAAGGAAAAGGAAAUAUCUUUUUGCUUGAUGCAUCUUUUGCAAUGUUCUUCUGGGGGAGGGACGGCAUGUCUAGAAGCCCGCUCAUUUUACCUUAUCUGCAUUUCUUUUAAUCUACUUUAGUUUUAAUACUGACUUAAGCAAGUGAGACUAGUGCCCUGAAUCUUUAUGAGAAAUUCAUGCUGAAGACAAGAAUUGUUUGACUGUGCCUGUACAGCACCUGACAUGAGAGAUCUGGUCUUGAGAGACUCAAACUGCAAACCCCCUGAUGUGCCUACUGCUGUUUAUGGUGUUAGUUAUUUCUGAAAUAAAGCAAAAAUGAAACAAAAUUAUGCAUGAUGAUGUAAA